UUAAACGCUGUGCUGCACUACGCACUCUAUAAAGCCGUCAUCACCGCGAUCGCGCUGGCCAAAGAAACGUUAUGCUGGUUUUUUCGGAAGCUAUCGAAACCCGCCGGUGCAACGAGCACCGACGCAUCAAACCAACCAUCCUUUUCAUGUAACGCCUAGCCGCUGUCUACUAGCAAUUAAAUUCUCGUUUCCGUAUAUUCUGCUGUUACACUUUUGACGCAAUCAAAUUGCUGAUGCACUAUGGCUGCAAUACAACAAAAUUUCACCACGAUUACUCACGAUGAUUUCAACUGGCCGUAUGGAGUGCCUCUUGUGGCGAAACCGGCUCAACCACCGAUGAACACAGGGUUUCGGGUGUUCACACCUCGAAUCGACCCUGAAGACUGCCCGUGCGACGUUCAUGGCCAAGAGAAUAAGAAGAACAGGUACAAAUAUCUAGCCGACAAAGAGCGACAAAUUUACAAUCAACUAAUAAAAGUUAAUCGAGAAAUGACCGCUCUAACGUCGGCGAUGUUGGACAGUAAUUGCGAACGAAUGGAUGAAACAAUGAGAAGCGUUUAUAAAACGGACUACUCGAGAAGAGGUUUACCAAUCCAGGAAUACAGGCAACUGACCGCUGCGGUUGAUUCACCAUACUGUUCCCCAAUCCCGACAGAAGUUUUGGAAAUAAAACAGGGAUACAGAGAUCCUAAUAGAUUCCGAUACACGGCUAUCGAAAGACCACAUAUACAACCAGCUAAAACCAUUAAUUUCUUUGAAGUUCCAGAAACUUUCUCUUUGUGGGAGGAACCUUUCACCAGCCGUUCAGAGUACAUGAGCACUAUUAGUAAAAUGGGUUUGAGUAACAUGAAAAACCGUCAGCAGUACUUGGAACCGAUGCCUUCAUCGAGACGAAGAUUCGGCGACUGCAAAUUAUGAACACCAGUCAUUAAACAUUUCAACUUCGAUAAAAAUGAUUGUGAAAAGAUCCUCCAAAUGUU